CUAAAAGAAAACACUGCUGAUUGUUUUUCCGGGUUGUUCGUGUCUGUCAGGAUCAAAACAGCUGAAGCGGGGAUUUCCUUUCGCUUUUCCUCUCCAGUCAUCGUUAGGAUUUUACACAGAGUCUCCACAGCAUGAAGAACAGCUCUGACAGCCCGUCUGAGCGGAUAAGCUGAGAGGAGUCGAGUACCCACCGCCCUAGCCUGGCUUUAAAACCCGAGCACAAUGCCAGUGUCACUGCAGCAGAAGGUCAGCACAUCCUCCUGUCUCAAGUUCCCUCCAGACUGGGAGGAUGACGAACGAAUGAGCUUCUUGUUCUCAGCCUUUAAAGAAAACCGCGAGGUAGACAUGACGGAUUGGGAUGGGAAAAUGAACUUCUGGACUCCACUGAUAGUGGAAAGCUGUAGGAGGCGAGGGUCCGUGUGUGUAAGCCUGCAGGAGCUGAAUGAAAGUUUUCGGAGGAAGGGGGCUGUUCCUCUGGGCCUGGGCACAGUCGUCCAGACUAUGAUCAGGAGUGGGAAAGUACAGAAGGAGUCUGAUUUUGCUGCUAAUGUAGAUUCUGGCUGGUUGUCAUGGGGUGUUGGGCUCCUGUUAGUCAGACCUCUAAAAUGGACCCUGUCGGCUCUGCUGGGCAGUGGGAGAGUUCCACUCGAGGAGUCUUUUGUGGUGAUCGAAUUGGUUAAAGAAAAGGCAUCUGCAUUGCUGGCUGCAUAUCGGAACUCUCCUCUGGCAGGACGAUCUCUUCUUUCAUUCCAAGAAAUACGCUCUCUCUCUUCUGAUAUCUGCCCUGAUGAGACCACACUGUGUUUGGCUCUGUUGCAGCUGCAGAGAGAAAAACAUGUCACAGUCUCACUACAUGAGGGGGAUAAGCUGGUGAAGUUCAUUCAGCCAGGACAAGGCCGUGUGUCUCCAGUCAGCGAGGUGGAACUGGGGAUCUAUCAGCUCCAGCGCAGUGAGAAGCUGCUGGAAGAGAGGGUGGAGGCGUUGGGCCAGGAAGCAGAGAAAUGCAAAGAACAAGCAAAGGCUCUAAUGAAAGAGGGGAAGAAGACGCAGGCGCUGAGGUAUCUAAAGGGGAGAAAGCGUGUGGAGAGGAAAGCAGAUCGGUUGUACACUCAGCUUGAGACAGUUAAGGGUAUCCUGGACAGGAUAGCAAGCUCACAGACUGACCGCCUGGUGAUGCAGGCAUAUCAGGCAGGUGUAGCAGCUCUGAGGAUUUCCCUGAAGGGUGUAACGGUUGAGAGGGCUGAGAACCUGGUUGAUCAGAUCCAGGAGCUGUGUGAUACUCAGGAUGAAGUCAAUCAGACUCUGGCAGGAGGAGCCUUGGAUUCAACGGAUGCAGACUCCGAGGAGCUAGAGGAGGAGCUGAAGACUUUAUUGGAGGAAAACGCUCCAGACAAAAGUCUAACACUACCAGAAGUUCCAUCACAACCUAUUGCAGUUAAAGAAACGGGUGUGCUGGACGAUGCUUUCUUUCAAUCCCUGCCCUCUGUGCCUAAUACUAGCAUCACAGACGAGGAGCUGGAUAGGGAGCUCGGUCGACUCAGACUGGGUGCAACAUAAAGGACUAGUUUUGGGGUGAGGUUUAAGGCAGCACAGUAAACAACAGAUGGCACAGAUAACCACUGAAGAGGCUGACUGUAGAAACUGCAGUCUACAAAGAAAGCAAUCCCAUAGCCUACAGUGUAUGUUUUUCUUUCUUUUGUGUUUUUUUUUCUUGUUUGUGAUGGCAUGUUUGUGAUUUUCUUUUAAACUAAAUUUUAAGAGUGGCCUUUAAGUAAAAAUUCAUUAUUCUAAUAAAAAUGACAAAUUAUGAUGCUUAACAGGGUAUAUUCACAA